AUGUCGAAGAGAGGAGUUGCCGUGCAUCCCAAGGAUCAGCUGGGUGAGACUCGGUUGGUAGUCGUCGUGACUAGCGGCCGGAGACAACGGGAGCAGUGGUGGUCGCUGGUGGCUGCCGGAGGGACCGACUGGUUGUGUCGCAACCUUGUUGGUUGCUGCAGUGGGGACCUGGGCUGUGUCUUGGAGGGCCAGCGUGUAGUGCUAGUGAUGGUCUGGGCUGCAUUGCAGCUUGGGUCGGUGCUGGCUGUUUGGGCCACCAAGUCAUCGAGCUCUCAAGUGCCUUUGUACUUGUGGGAUGGUUCUAAAGUGCACAAGAAGAGGAUUGUGGCUAAUCUGCACUGUGUGACAUCUAAAGCUCAGUCCCAGUUCGAUCUCCAUUCCUUGGCGUGCAUGUUAAGCUAA